CCCCCCUUCCUGUCCUGCCUGCGUGUGACAGCCCUUGGUCGCAGGAAGUGGCCGUGGGCCAGGCAGGUGACUGACAGAGCUGCGCGACAGCAGAGCCACUGUCGAGGUCUGCAGCAGGGCUGAAGGGGGAGGACUUCGGCGCUGUAAUCUGCAGACUUGCUGCUUCAGAAGGCUGGCUUGGUGUUUGUGUUAUAAAAAUCAGGAUCUGAGUUGAGAACUAAGGAAGGGCUGUAAGUGAGAGAGAAUGCAUGGAUAGAGAAAGAAGCUGUUGACACUGUGGAAGACAAAGGGGCUUCAGGACUUAAACAGCCCCUGUGUUGAAGAGUGUCUUGUUUCUGUAUUGAGCAGAAGAGGCAGAGGAAGCCCCUAGGAAGGAUUAGGUAGCUUUUGAAGAGGAGAUGCAUCUCUGGAGUGCAGGUAGUGUUGAAGAGGAGUGGCUCUGGAAGAUGGGAAGGACCUACUGAGAAUGUACCAGGAGGUAUCUGAGUGUUCACCCAUUGUUACUUAUGACAAGACUUGACAGAAUAUAUUCUGAAUUGUUUUCUAUCUUGGAAAAUUAUUGAUCAGCUCUUCCCCUAAAGACUCUGUAAGUUUUUGUACUGCACAGCUACAAGUGAGGUUUUUGAAAGUUAGCAAAUGUACUUAAAGCUUUUUUUUUUGUUGUUAGGACUUGCAGCUGCUGCAGAUUGGGUUGCACAAAAAAAUUGCAACUGUGGUGGUGUGCAUGAGGAGAGACAUCUGCCCUUUGGGUGUAUGUUGUGGAAGUGUUAGGCAGCAGUGGGAGUGGAAUAAGCUGGUCAGCAGAGCUCAGGUGUUUAUUUAGCCUCUUUUUUCCUUUGUAGCUUUAUGUGGAUUCCUUUCACUGCCAAAUCCUGCAAAAACCUUCUCAGAGAAAUCCUGCUGUGUAGAGCCCUUUGCAUCCUGGCAAAGCCUUGGGCCCUGCUAAUUUGUGUAGGUGUGGGGAUAGCAGAGCACAGGGCAGCCAGGGAUAGACUCAUCCCUGCCAGGAGCUCAGUGGGGUCUGCUCUGAGCUACCUGAAAUGUCAGGAAAAUGCUUCACAUGUGUAGUGUCCUGUCACCAGUGCAGUGGGUGCUGAGCAUUUGCAGUCUCCCAAGUACCCAGUGUGUACCCUGGUGAAGUCAGCUCAGCUGUGGGCAUGUGGGUCUGCUGUAGCAUAGUUUGGAAAACUGCUACUGGAUUAGGAAAGAUGCUGGGUUCAGAGAGCUCAGCCAGCCUGGGCUGUUCCAGCCAAAGCUUUCCCUCAGCUUCCAGUGCAUGGUUUGGGAAGCUGUAUUGUCUUCUCUUUGGAUAAAAGCCUGCUGUCCUUCUUUAGUUAAUACUUCUGUAUGGUAUCAGCGCAGGGAAGAAGAGAGGUUGGGCCACAUUUGGCAGGUUAAUGGCUGCUGCUCACAUACUCACAAGUGAUACUGGCCAGACAAACUCUGCCUGGAAGGUGGCAGCACCAAGGCACUGUUGCGUCACACUCUCCGAUUGCAGAAGAACUUUGCCACACAUCCAGGGAGUAGGACCUUGUAAAUGUACCCACCUUUCUGGGAAGUUUACCUUCCUGGCUAAUACAAGUACAAGCAAUUCAAGGAGAGUAAAACUUUUUUAGAGUUGGUAUUGGUGCUCUCCCAGAAAUUACGAACUGAGGAGGAAGUAAACUUUUAAUUCCCUCAGGAGUUGUUUUGUGCAGUGGCUAGCUUGGUUAAUUUUAAACAUCGUUCUUUAAAAGGGUCCCUUUUUUCUACUGUAAUUUUGUUUGUACUUUGAUUUUGCUACCUUUCAGCAUUGAGUGAUCUGCAGUGGGAUGCAAACAGAUGCGAUGCAUUAACAGCUACACGGUGGGUAGGUAGUCAGCUAUUUCAUUAUUUAAUAUACAUGUUACUCAUAGAGUUUUGGGCAAUGCUCACAAGUAGCUUGUGUCCAGGGUUUUUUUGUUUAUUCCUGUGUUGUGAAUUUUUGGCAAUGGAGGCUCCUGCUGUGUAGAGAGAUGGGUUGGUUAUGGCGUACCAGGGGCAUGAUGACUUGCAGACCUCCUGAACAAUCUGAAAUUUCUUGGCUUUGUUUCCAGUUUAAGUGAAGAUGACAAACAGCAUAUAUGUAGUGGGAAGUUUGAGCUAUCGUAAACUUCGCAGAAACAUCCUCCUGUAUUUUGGCUUUGUGCUGGCCCCAGGAAUUCAAAGCAGGACCUGACCUGGAGGUCUUGGUAGAGCACAAAGGCAGGGUCAGCACUGUGGGACAAGUCUGGACUCCUGGGUAAGAAGUGUGUCCAGGGUCAGUGUUAGAUGAACUGACCAGCUGGAGAUGGAAUUAAGUUGCAUGGAAAAGGCAGAUCUGAGCUGAACAGGGAAUGGCCAUAUCUGUCACUUCUAAAUUCCAGGAUGGUAUGGGAAAUGUGAGUCCUGAAAUGAUGAGGUUAAGCGUAUUCUCAUAGGGGUGUACAAGGAGGGGAACGUUUGUAGGGAAAAGCCUCUUGGAUCUCCCUAGUGAUAUGAAAUUAUGUUAGUGGGAAAAAAAAUUGUCAUUCAGUUAUUCCACAGAUACACAGAAGGAGACCAAGGGGAGAAUGCAGAGGGAUUGCUGGAUGAAGCUGGAGAUGACGGCUGCUCCUGCAUUUAGUCCACUGUUUGCUGUGAGGAUUUGAUUUGGUUUUAAUGCUGUUCUUUGUGGGAAAGGCACAGGAAUAAUUAAUAUUAUAGUUGCAACUUAGUCAUUGUUAAAGUGAUUAAUUGAAUUAUUGAAUCAUAGAAUCUCAGAAUGAUUCGGGUUGGAAGGGAUCUUAAAGCUCAUGUUGUUCCACUCCCUGCUGUGGGCAGGGAUACCUUUCACUAGACCAGGUUGGCUCCAAGACCUAUCCAGCCUCACCCCAGGGAUGAGGCAGCCGUGGCUACUCUGGGCAACCUGUGCCAGUCCCAAGUUGCUGAAAAUUCAAAGAGGAUUCCUUGUUUCUUGUUUGAUUAUUUCUUUUUUUUCCUCCCCUCUGCCACAACAGUUAUUGUCAGGGAUUUAGCAGCAAUCGAUGCCGUACUUCCUGCUUGUGCCUGUGACGUCGAUUGUGCUGUUUUCCAAUGUAUCAGACUGGAAAAGCUGAAAAGUAAGCUAGCAAUGCUGUGAAACCUUCAGCCACCUGCGUUCCCCUUGUGCAGUGCAGCUGAGCUAUUGGUGGUGUGCAACCUUCUGUGCCAGGGUGAGCAGGACAGGCAUUUUGGCCUCAGAAGGCACCAACACUGGAUUUAGCAGCAUCCUCAUGGUAGUCACAGGGUCAGACUGCACUGAGGCUCUCCUUAGCCUUUGUAUGUUCCAGUCAUAAGAGUUUAAUUAAAUUUUACUGUUUUGUGCUGUGGUGAUUGUGCUUUCCACUGCAUAAAUCCUGUUUUCCUGAGCUGCCAUUCGUACAGAGAGUACGAAGCACGUUUAGAGCGAUACAGCGAGCGGAUCUGGACAUGCAAGAGCACAGGAAGCAGCCAACUGACACACAAAGAGGCUUGGGAAGAGGAACAGGAGGUUGCUGAGCUCUUAAAGGAGGAGUUCCCUAUCUGGUAUGAGAAAUUGGUCCUGGAAAUAGUACACCACAACACUGUGUCAUUGGAAAAGUUGGUGGAUGCAGCUUGGUUGGAGAUCAUGACCAAAUUCGCAGUGGGAGAAGAAUGUGAUUUUGAGGUUGGUAAGGAGAAAAUGUUGCCUGUAAAAGUUGUGAAAAUACAUCCCCUGGACAAAGUUGAUGAAGAAGCCUCGGAAAAGAAAUCUGACGGAGCCUGUGAUUCUCCAUCCAGCGACAAGGAGAACUCCAGCCAGGCAGCCCAGGACAACCAGAAGGAAGCUAUGCUGAAGGAGGAUGACAACAGGAGGGAUAGUAUGAAUGAUCGAGCACGUAGGUCUCCUCGAAAGCUUCCCACUUCAUUGAAGAAGGAAGAAAGAAAGUGGGUUCCACCUAAAUUCCUGCCACACAAAUAUGAUGUCAAACUGAAAAAUGAAGAUAAGAUCAUCAGCAAUGUUCCAGCAGAUAGCUUAGUCCGUACGGAGCGUCCUCCCAACAAGGAGAUCCUGCGGUACUUCAUCCGUCACAAUGCGCUACGUGCUGGCACUUGUGAGAACGCUCCCUGGGUUGUGGAGGAUGAGUUAGUGAAGAGAUACUCUCUCCCCAGUAAAUUCAGUGACUUCUUGCUUGACCCACAUAAGUAUAUGGCUCUCAAUCCCUCAACCAAGAGGAAGAGCUCUCAGUCACCUGACAGAAAGCUUCCUAAGAAAUCCAAAACAGAUGGAUCUUCACUAGGACAGCCACUGAGUCCAACCCUGUGGUGCCAUGUGCAUUUGGAAAAAUCUAUAAUUGGCUCUCCACUGAAGGUGAAAAAUUCUAAGAACUCAAAAUGUCCUAAAGAAAAGCUGGAAGAGGUGAUGAAAAUGGUGUCUCCUGCUAAACUUGGUUCUAACUUUCAUAUUCCAAAGAGGAGCCGACUGGGAAAGGGCAACAGCAAAUCCUUGGACAAAAAGCAAAGAGGCAAAAGGGUUCUGAAUGGGCAGAAGUCAUCAGGGAAGGCCAAGUCUCCCAGGAAAGGUUUGAAGACCCCCAAGAUGAAAAUGAAACAAAUGACACUGCUGGACAUGGCUAAAGGUACCACUAAAGUGUCCAGGGCUCCCAGGAAUUCUGGAGGCACACCUGGAUCUUCCAGGAAACCCCAGAAACACCUGCCUCCUGCAGCACUCCAUCUCAUUGCCUAUUACAAAGAAAACAAAGACCGGGAAGACAAAAAAAGUGCUCUUUCCUGCAUCAUCUCCAAAACAGCUCGGCUGCUCUCCAAUGAGGACCGUGCCCGUCUCCCCGAGGAUUUGCGGGGGUUAGUACAAAAACGCUACGAGCUCCUGGAGCACAGGAAGAGAUGGGCCACCAUGACUGAGGAACAGCGGAAGGAGUACAUGAAGAAGAAAAGGGAAAAGCUGAAAGAGAAACUGAAGGAAAGAGCAAAGGAGCGAAAGGAGAAGGAGAUGAAGGAAAAACUGGAAAAACAGAGGAGAUUUGAGGACCAAGAUCUGAAAGGGAAGACACUGCCUACUUUUAAACUGGUUGAUACUCCAGAGGGACUUCCUAACACACUUUUUGGGGAUGUGGCCAUGGUGGUGGAGUUCCUGAGCUGUUACUCAGGGUUAUUGAUGCCAGAUGCUCAGUAUCCCAUCACAGCAGUGUCCCUGAUGGAAGCCCUUUGUGCAGAAAAGGGAGGCUUCCUGUACUUGAACAGAGUACUGGUCAUCCUCUUGCAGACCCUGCUGCAGGAUGAAAUUGCUGAGGAUUAUGCUGAGCUGGGAAUGAAACUUUCUGAAAUCCCACUUACUCUGCAUUCUGCUUCUGAGUUGGUUCGCCUGUGCCUGCGCAAGUCAGAUGUGCAAGAGGAAAGCGAGGUCUCAGAUAAUGUAGAUGAAAGUAAGGAUUCAGCAGCUUUUGAGGAUAAUGAGGUACAGGAUGAGUUUUUGGAGAAGCUGGAGACAUCGGAGUUCUUUGAGCUGACUCCUGAAGAGAAAUUGCAGAUCCUUGGAGCACUGUGUCACAGGAUCCUAAUGACGUACUCGGUGCAGGACCAUGUGGAGGCCAAGCAGCAGGCCUCAGCUGAGCUGUGGAAAGAGCGUCUGGCUGUCCUGAAGGAGGAGAACGACAAGAAGAGGGCAGAGAAACAGAAGCGAAAAGAAAUGGUGGCCAAAACCAAGGAAAAUGGGAAAGAGGAGCAUAUGAUGGGAAGAAAUGAAAAGAAAAAACAUGAAAUGAUGAAAAUAGAGCACCGGGUGGAAAUCGAAGCAGAUGAUAUGAUCAGUGCUGUGAAGAGCAGGCGCCUUCUUGCCAUCCAAGCCAAGAAAGAGAGGGAGCAACAAGAAAUACAAAUGAGAGUGAGGAUGGAGAAAGAAGCAGAGGAGGAGAGAAUCCGGAGGCAUAAAGCUGCUGCUGAGAAAACUUUCCAGGAUGGAAUUGCCAAAGCCAAGCUGGUGAUGCGCAGGACCCCAAUUGGCACUGACAGGAAUCAUAAUAGGUACUGGCUGUUUUCGGAUGAGGUUCCUGGUUUGUUUAUUGAGAAAGGCUGGGUACAUGACAGUAUAGACUACAGAUUUACCUUUCCCCACCAGAAAAAGGAAGAUUUGAAGAAGGACUGCAGCCCUGGAGAGAAGCGGAAGAGCACAGGCAAUGACGUCCGAGGGAACAAGCUGCACCGCUCCAUGCCCACCACAGACCUGCCUGCUGAGACCACUACUCCCAAGCAGGGCCAGAACUUAUGGUUUCUCUGUGACAGUCAGAAGGAUUUGGAUGAGCUGCUGGAUUGCCUGCACCCCCAAGGAGUAAGGGAGAGCCAGCUCAAGGAGCGUUUGGAGAAAAAGUAUCAGGACAUCACACAUUCCAUCCAUUUGGCUCGGAAACAGAACUUGGGCCUCAAAUCUUGUGAUGGCAACCAGGAAUUGCUGAACUACCUCCGGAGUGAUCUGAUUGAGGUUGCAACGCGGCUGCAGAAGGGGGGCCUGGGAUACAUUGAUGUGACACCAGAAUACGAAGCAAAAGUGUACUCGCUGGAGAGCCUAAAGGAUUUUGGGGAAUGUGUGAUUGCGCUCCAGGCUGGUGUUGUUAAGAAGUUUCUGCAAGGUUUCAUGGCCCCUAAGCAGAAGAGAAGGAAACACCAAGGAGAGGAUUACAUUGCCAAGGCUGAGGAGAUAGAUGAAGACAAGAAAAUGGCAGAAGAAGCCAAGGUCUGUCUGCAGGUUGCUUCAGCCAUGGAGAAGUGGAAGACAGCAAUACGUGAGGCCCAGACCUUCUCGCGUAUGCAUGUACUCCUGGGGAUGCUGGAUGCCUGUAUCAAGUGGGAUAUGUCAGCAGAGAAUGCCAGAUGCAAAGUGUGUCGCAAGAAAGGUGAGGAUGACAAGCUGAUCCUGUGUGAUGAGUGUAACAAGGCCUUCCACCUGUUCUGCCUGCGGCCGGCGCUCUAUGAGAUCCCAGAUGGGGAAUGGCAGUGCCCAGCAUGCCAGCCUUCCACAGCCCGGCGCAGCUCACGAGGCAGGAGCUAUGCAGAGGAUUCUGCUGAAGAUGAAGGUGGUGAAGGUGAGGAAGCUUCUGAUGAACCAGAUGCUGAGGAGGAAGAGGAGGAGGAAGAAGACUAUGAAGUUGCUGGACUAAAAUUGAGGCCCAGGAAGGCAGCCCGGGGCAAGCAGGGCUCCAUGUACUCCCUGAGGCAGGGAAGGCACCAGAGGAAGAAGCAGACACUGCACCCUGCGCGGGGACCCCGGCAGCACACGGCACCUGUCAACGGCGCAGACAUCGAUGAACUGGUCCUUCAGACAAAGAGGACAGCACGUCGCCAGAACCUCGAGCUGCAGAAGUGCGAGGAAAUCCUCAGCAAGCUGAUCAAGUACCGCUUCAGCUGGCCCUUCAGGGAACCAGUGACCACAGAGGAAGCUGAAGACUACUUUGAGGUCAUCAGCAACCCCAUGGACUUCCAGACUAUGCAGAGCAAGUGCUCUUGUGGCAAUUACCGCUCUGUGCAGGAGUUCCUUUCCGACAUGAAGCAGGUGUUCUCCAAUGCCGAAUGCUACAACCAGAAUGGGAGUCACGUACUAUCCUGCCUGGAGAAGACAGAGCAGUGUUUGAUUGACAUGGUGCACAAACACCUGCCAGGCCACACAUAUGCACGCAGGAAACGCAAGAAGCUCUCUGCCAGGUGCCAGGGACUGGAGGAGCAGGAAGGGGACAGUGAGUCAGAGCCCCUUGAACAUUCCCGGGGGCGGAAAAGGAAGAAAUGAGAGAUGGGAAAGCUAGGGGGAGAGCCAGAACUGGAGCAGGCCUUUCUGGUGCUGCCAGGCAGUCGGAUGGGUUGUCUGGAGGGAGAUGAGAAGCAGUGGGCACUUCUCUAUUAAUCCAGCCUUCCCUUGGGCCCAUCCUAGUUUUAAUUUUUCUGCAGUUUCCUCAAGUAUUUGGUCAUCCAUUGAGUGGCAAUGACUUAAUGCUUCCUCCAAAAUCCACAAAGCUCUUCAUGAGUCUGUCCUGCCAGGAGGGGAAGGUAGGAGGGCAAGGGGAGGGCCUGGCCAAGCUUGUCUGGGCAGAGGAACACCAACCUGCUCCAGCUCAGGCACUGUCAGUUUCCUGGAAUGAAUCACUUCCUUGCCUCUGCAAGCAGCCAGAGCACGGUGGGAUUGUCUGCUCCCAGUCAUGUGAGCAUACCAGCCUCAAGCUGGUGCAGGGUGGGGGAUUGUGUUGCUCCAUAGAAUGACUGGGUGCCAUCAGGCCAUUGAGCUACUUGAGCUUUUAUGUAUAUAUUUUUACGGUGUUUAUUCUGAGCCCCGGUUCUGGGCUGCGUGGGGCGAACAAGCACUUAGGUGUACCAUGAUCCAGCUUUCACCAGCAUCCCAACACCACUUCUCCAAGGUGCUCCUGCUUUCCCCUCUCCUUGGGGAGCAGUCCCUGGAGGUCUCAGUCCAGGGAGGGCUCUGAGCUCAGCUCCCACCUGUACACACCAAGAGGAGGCUCCCUGCUCACCUGGACCUGCAUGCGAUCAUGCAGCCCUUUGAAUGCCCCGAGUGCUAGCAGCAAACUGAAGAGUGUGGGUGUCUGCACAGCCCAAGGAGAGCUCCAAGGCCAGGGGAGCAGCAGAAAUGUCCUGUGUAACUUUUUAAAUUAAUUUUUUAGUUGAAAGUGGCUUGUUUCUAGCUGUGAUCUUGUACAAAGAACACCUGUAAGAUACCCUUGUCUUGCUUUGGCACAUGUACAGUUUAUAUAAAAUCGUGUUUGCUUUAUAUCUUCCCCCUCCUUAAAACUCAUUUUCCUAUCAGUACCAGGAGGACUUUGUGGGGGGAGAGGGGGGAUCCCAGUCCCUCCCAGCCACUCUCAAGACAUUUCAUAGUAACACCAUUGUUCCUGUGCUGUGGCCCAGCACCAGCUCCUACUGCCCCAGAUGCUGAGUUUUCCCUAAGAAAAAGGUUUGUUUUCUCAUCCUCUCUUCCUCUCCAUCAUGAUAGGUUUGGAUCAUACAGUCAGGGCUUGAACGUCUUGUCCUAGAAAUGUUUGAUUUGGAAUAAAUUGGGCCAUGGGGCUGUUCAGUGCUGGUUUUGUAACGAAAAAACAGAAGCAGCUGUUGUAGCUCCUGGGAUUUGAGAAGAAGAGAAUCAUCAAUUACAAAUUGCAGCCUAGUUUUGUGAAGAUUUGGGGGUUUUUUAAACAGGUGCUUGUUUUUAGUUCUGGACUGUCAGUGACUGCAGUUGAGGCAAGUUUCCAGCCCCUUCCCUCUGUUCAGCCUCACUCCCUGCCCCACAGAAUAGCACUGACAUUUGUAUCUCGCACGUCCCUUCAGAGGCUGUUCUGUCCUGUUUCCUAGAGAACAUUUCCUGCAGGUCCUACACGGUGGAUGGAACCUUUGGAACUGCACGUUUUCUAAAAAUCAGUGUCAUUUGGGGGGAGGGGGUUUCUGCAAAGGGCUUUACUUGUAAUAAAUUGGAAACUUAAGAAUAAACAUUAUGUACUUGUGUUUGUAAA